AUGGAGGAAUCACCACAACUUUCGUUUUCUUCUUUGCAGAGCGGCGUACGAGACGCAAUUUCCAAGGUCUUGGAUGUAACCCUGCAAGAUCGGAAGUACGAUGCGUCCAGCGUCGAGGAAUGGUCGGAUGCGAUAUGCUCCCAAACGUUGGCUGCCCUAAGAAGUAUCAGCGGCUCUUUCAAGUACACCGCCACGUGCGUGCUGACACAGAAGACAGGAGGCGGUUUGCACACCAGCUCGGCUGCAUGUUACGAGCCCUCGACCGACGGGUGCGUAGUGGAGAGAUGGGAAAACCAAAGCAUCCUCGCUAUCGUGGUCGUGUUCGGGUGCUCCUUGUAGAAGACAGCGCUGCCCCUCUAACAAUCUCUUUCGUGUGUGUUUAUCGUGUUCCGGGCGAUGACCCUUUUUUUUUUCUGUCGGGGACUUGGCGUAAGACCCUCUGACAAUGUACUCAUUAGGUGUGGUUUUGCGAGAGGAAACCCCGCGGCGGUACAACGGUUUCGGGGAUUUGAUGAGUGACUAAAUAGGGAACUUGCGUAGAUAGUGACAGCGUCAGGUAAUUCGUCGGGAGAUCUCCGACUGGGCUUUCCGUGCUCGACUUGAUUCAGGCAGCGAUCUUACUCCCUGGCGUUUUCCCCGCGGAAUCCAACGUGGGGUCCCCGGUGCACAGGACAGAUACAUACACACGGAGGAAUUUCUUGUGUUCGUGUGUGCUCCCCCCAUCCCCCCGCAUAGAGCUGGGUGUCGGUUAGUGUGUUUGUUUUGAAUAGUUGUUGAAAUUUUUGUCAUUCAGCGCCUCUUGUGUUCGCCUCGCUGCAGCCACAAGCGCGGCCACACCCUUGUAGAGUUAUGUAUGAAGAGAGUAUCUGAGGGGUAGCGAAAUCAACACGCGUUGCGGUAUACCGCAGUGGGCAUGGGGCAUUCUCAUUCUCAAUGGCAUUGUAUUGGUGAGGGCAUUAUUUUGCUGCUCGUCACAGGUACCCAUUAAGGAGACCUGCGGAGCUCCCUGUAAUGGCCUUCAGAUGAUCGAUUCAUCCUUUGUGGGGACUUGGCAGCCAGUUCGCUGUAGAGCCACGGUUUCUACACGGCAUGGCAUGAUUUCCCGUGUUGCUGUUGCGGCAGGCACCACCGAACAACCCAUCAAGAGGGUCUCCGCGCCAUGACAUAUCGCGAGAAACUGCUCCUUCGUGACUUCAGCGGGAGAAAGAUGCUCACCGCGUCGUAUCGAUCCGAAGCGAUGGUUGUCACUCUGUGGAAUGCCCACGCAAACAAGCGCCACGAAGGGUCCCUCGUCUCUCACAUGCCGGAUCAAGUCUCUAGGUUGGUUGGGUGUAAACUGUGAUCGGGCGGCCUCAUUGGAGUUCCACCUCGGGCUUAUCCUUGCAAGCACGAGGAGUACGCACUCUAAACUGUAUACUGAGGGCGCGUGUGCCCCUUCACCAUUCGUAGCCGGGGGGGGGGGUUUGUUUGUCGUACAGAAGCGUUUUGUAGACAAAAGUGGCUGUCCAUCCCAAUGGAAGUGCUUG